AUGAGGUCUCUGGCAGUUGAAACCGAGUCAAAAGACCAAUGGAACUAUAGAUUUUUAGGGAUUAGUGAAUCAGGGAAAGGAGAUUAUGAAUUUCCACAAGUUCUAUCACUAUUAUUCUCAGUUCUCAAGAAGACAAUUCAAAAGAAUGAGAGUUUGCCGGAUUCUACAACGAGGAAAGCUAAUGACACCAUUGACCAUGGUCUCAGAUCACAGGAACUUAGCAUACAAAGUUACACUAAGCGCAUAUUCAAGUACUCAAAUUGUAGCCAUUCAUGCUUUAUCCUUGCACAUGUAUACAUUGACAGAUACCUCGUGCAACCAGGUGUCCAUCUUUCUUGCCUCAAUGUUCAUCGGUAG